AUGGGUAGCGGAGCGAGCGCAGAGGAUAAGGAAAUGGCAAAGAAGUCCAAAGAGCUCGAAAAACAGCUCCAGGAGGAUGCCGAUAAAGAAGCAAAGACAGUUAAACUUCUGCUGCUGGGAGCUGGUGAGUCUGGGAAGAGCACCAUCGUAAAACAGAUGAAAAUUCUCCAUCAAGGUGGUUACACAAAAGAAGAGCAACUGGCGUUUAGAAGUAUUAUAUACGGCAACAUCCUGCAGUCUGCUCUGGCCAUCAUCAGAGGCAUGGAGAUGCUGGACAUCAACUUCGGGUCACCAGCAUCACAGGAGGAUGGUCAGAAGCUUCAGAACCUGGCUGAUUCCAUCGAGGAGGGCAGCAUGCCCCCAGAGCUGGCAGAUGUCAUCAUAAGGCUAUGGAAGGAUUCAGGCGUGCAGGCCUCCUUUGAUAGAGCUGCGGAGUACCAGCUGAACGAUUCUGCUGGAUACUAUCUUGCUGAAAUAGACAGAAUCUGCGCACCAGACUACCUCCCCACCGAGCAGGAUGUGCUAAGAUCUCGAGUCAAGACUACUGGUAUCAUUGAGGAGCAGUUCUCCUGCAAAGAGCUCUACUUCAGAAUGUUUGAUGUGGGUGGCCAGAGGUCCGAGAGAAAGAAGUGGAUUCAUUGUUUCGAGGGUGUGACUUGCAUCAUCUUUUGUGGAGCACUGAGCGCUUAUGACAUGGUGCUGGUAGAAGACGACGAAGUGAACCGAAUGCACGAGAGCCUCCAUCUCUUCAACAGCAUCUGCAAUCACAGGUUCUUCGCCACAACUUCCAUUGUGCUUUUUCUCAACAAGAAAGAUCUCUUCCUGGAGAAGAUCAAGAAAGUCCACCUGAGCAUCUGCUUCCCUGAAUAUGAUGGUCCAAACUCGUAUGAGGAUGCCAGCAACUAUAUCAAGCUACAGUUUGAGGAGCUGAACAUGAAGAAAGGUGUGAAAGAGAUCUACUCACAUUUGACCUGUGCCACAGACACAAAGAACGUCGAGAUCGUGUUUAACGCUGUGACGGACAUUAUAAUCAAAGAGAACCUUAAGGACUGUGGUCUGUUCUAAACACCAUCUGCAAAGGUACGGUUCUUUAACGAAGUUCCUUAAUGUGUUAUCGAC